AUGGCCAUUCCACCGCCACGAGUUAUCAAUGAAAAGGAACAUUACAACGCCAAACCUCCAAUAUUUGAUGGAGAAAGAUUUGAUUAUUGGAAGGACAAAAUAAAAAGUUUCUUUCUUGGUUAUGAUGUUGAUCUAUGGGAUAUGGUAGUUGAUGGCUACGAGUAUCUUAUUGAUGCAAGUGGAAACAUUAAUGAAAGAAAAAGAAUGAACGAUCCACAAAAGAAAGAUUAUAAGAAUCAUCAUAAAACUAGAACCAUUAUAUUGAAUGUGAUUUCUUAUACUGAAUAUGAAAAGCUAACAAAUAGAGACUUUGCUAAGUCGAUAUUUGAUUCUUUAAAAAUGAUUCAUGUGGGUAACGCUCAAGUAAAGGAGACCAAAGCGCUUGCCUUGAUUCAAAAGUAUGAAGCCUUCAAGAUGGAAGACGAUGAAACUAUUGAGGACAUGUUCUCAAGGUUUCAAACUCUUGAUGCAGGACUAAUGAUUCUUAACAAAGGAGAUUCUACUUUAUAUCACCAGCAAAGAUGUUACCUUCUACGAGUGCAAAUAUCCAGUCCAUUACAAGAAAAAGUUCCCCAAGCUCUAGAAGGAGAAGCUAAAAAAAAGAAGUUCUUCAAAGGCAGCAAGAAAGGGUUUAUGGCAACAUGGGAAGAUUCUGACUCCUCAGAAGAUGACUCCGAAGAAGAGCAAGCUAAAAUGGUGUUAAUAGCCAACAUUAGAGGAUUUGAUGAGAAGAUCCAACCAAAAGCUGAAUCAAAAUCUGACUCACACGUAGAAGAGGUAUUUCUUGACAUAUAUCGUUCUGAUUUAACUUAUUCUUUAUUUGAGAUUCUGGAAAAACAUCAGGAACUUCAGAUCAAAUUCAAGGAAUUGAAAAAGGUCCAUGAAUUUGUUUAUGAAGAACACAAUAAGCUUAAGAAAGAAUUCUCCAUCUUGAAAAAAGAAAACUUUUUUCUUAAGGAUGAAAACUCUACUCUCAAAAGUAUGAGUUCUAAACUUGAGAAAGAAAUUCCUCCAUGGUUGGUGACUUAA